AUGGUAGAAGUUACGAGUGACGCACUGCUCCUCCUCCUCCUCCUACUCCCCAUCUCCAUCAUCAUCCUCUUCUCAACCCUAUCCAUCUUCACCAAAAACAACAAAGCCUUCCCCCUUCCUCCAGGGCCAUGGAAGCUCCCCAUCAUCGGCAACAUCCACCAACUCGCCACCUUCCCUCUGGUCCACCGCCGCCUAGCCGACCUAGCCCGACGACACGGCCCCGUGAUGCACCUCCAGCUCGGCGAGACCUCGAACGUCGUCGUAUCGUCCCCUGAAUCCGCCAAGGAGUUCCUCAAGACCCACGACCACAACUUCGCCUCCCGACCUUACAUGCCCUCGGCCCACACCAUCUUCUACGACUCCCGAGACAUCGCGUUCGCCCCCGAGGGAGACUACUGGCGCAGGAUGAGAAAGAUCUGCACCGUCGAGCUGCUGAGCGAGAGGAGGGUCCGGUCCCUCCGCCCCAGCAGGGAGGAAGAGGUGGCGAAGUUGGUAAGAUUCAUUCGGGAAACUACCGAAGAAGAAGGAGGAGGUAUGGUGAACCUGAGCAAACUGGUGAUCUCCGCGGGGAACGCCAUGACCUCGAGGGCUGCGUUCGGCAGGAUCCGGAAGCUGGAGGAAUCCUUCAUACCGGUGCUGCACCGGAUCCUGAAGGCGCUGGGAGGGUUCAGCGUGGGCGAUGUUUUCCCGUCGCACAAGUGGCUGCGUGUGGCCAUUGGGACGGAGAGGCACCUGAGGCAGCUUCACGAGGAGGCGGAUGCCAUCUUGCAGGAGAUCAUUGAUGAGCAUGUUUCCAGAGGAAGGAGAGAUGAUGAUGAUGAUCCAGAUCUGGUGGAUGUGCUCUUGGGUUGCACUGACAACCACCUCGAGAUCAAAGCUGUCAUCUUGGUAUGUAUAUUGCAUCUUAUUGUUCUUGAUGUAUUUUUGGCUGGAGCCGACACUUCCCCGUAUACCGUCGAAUGGGCCAUGUCUGAACUGAUGAGGAAUCCGAACAAGAUGGCAGAAGCACAAAAAGAGGUGAGGGAUAUGUUUGACAAAAGAGGGAAAGUUGUGGAUGCAACAAGUCUCGACGAGCUCCAGUAUCUCACGUUAAUCAUCAAAGAAACUUUAAGGUUGCACACUCCUACUCCUUUGUUGAUUCCAAGAGAAGCCCGAGAAACGGUCGUGAUCAGCGGAUAUCAGGUACCAGCGAAAACGAGGGUCAUCGUCAACUCAUGGGCCAUCGGUCGAAACCCUGAGCACUGGACCCAACCGGACCAAUUCAUACCGGAAAGAUUCCUCCACACUUCCGUCGACUACAAAGGUUAUGACUUCCAGUACAUCCCGUUCGGAGCAGGACGAAGAAUGUGCCCAGGAUUGCAUUACGGGAUCGCCACGGUUCGUAUCUUGCUCGUCAAUUUGUUGUAUCAUUUCGACUGGAAGCUCCCAAAUAAAAUGAAACCCGAGGACCUCGACAUGGAUGAAGAAUCUGGGGGUACGGUUGCAAGGAAAAAUAAUUUGCAUCUCAUUCCCAUCCCCUACCAUGCACCCUAAGUAGUAAUAAAUCAAGCGAUGAAUUGGAUUCAGGCAUUGUGUCGUUCAGUUAUCUUUAAAAAAAAAAUGUGUGGCUGAGAUUUUCAUCUAGAGGCCUGAUCUUUUGUAAUUUUGUGUUUUCAGUUCAAGUGUUAAGGAAUAAUGUACUCUCUAUUGUACUCCCC